GAGUCAUAUUCAGACAAUCUUCUGUAUUUUAAAGAACGUAUGCGGGUGAUGUACAUAUGGAUUUUCUUUCGACACUGUACUUUUAUGUCCAGUAGCAUGUUCGACCACAAAGUUAUGACAACCCACAAUUUAAGAUAGCUGGGCAGUUCGACAUGGCCCUCUACAGUUCCCUACCGACUCCAAGUUUUGACGGUGUCAGUGUCACCAGGCCUGGAAGAAUAUUCCGUAUAUUGGCUAAUUAAUCAACCAUAUUUAAAUAAUCACUUAUUACAUGUAUUAUCUAGUGUUACAUUUAUUUAUUCGUGUUCGAUGGGAAAGGAAAGUUAAAUGUAAUGGAGGAAAUUCCGAGUGAUUGUAACCUCGUACAAGUUCGGAGGAAUUUAACGUCGUUUGUCAGCAGCAGCCGAAGACAUGCGAAACAUAUCUUCCCAUUUCCUCAAGAGGAGGAUGAGGACGUUGAAUUUGACACUACAGAUUCUCUAGAGAGCAGUGAUGUUCUGGUGGGUGGCAAACAGUACACGUCCAUCCAGGAGUUUGCCUCUGCCAUCCCAAACCAUCUGCUGCUGGGCUCCCUGCUGGAACACCUGUGCUUUGUGUAUGAGAAAAACCCACACCGCUCACGGCUCCUCUUCAAAGUGAUUGGCCAGCGCUUGGCUUCGAUGAACCUGCUGUCUCCACUGGCGGUCAGUGAUGAGUUCAGCACAGUGAGGCUGCAGCACAACAGAGCGUUCACUGAGCUUCUCCAUGCUGCAAGUUCUUCUCUCUUCCCCCAGGAUCAAAACUAUUUCAAUUCUGAUGCUCAGAGCUUUGCAUUAAGAUCAAAGGAAGGUCUCUUCCAAGCACAGACGUCUCGUUACCUCAGUGAGUUUGAGGAAAUAUGUACACUUGGCAAAGGUGCAUAUGGCAAAGUUUUCAAGGUGCUCAACAAGUUGGAUGGACAGAAUUAUGCUGUUAAGAAGGUUCAUAUCAGGAGUGUCUCGAGGGAUGACUGCAUGAAGGUGCUCCGGGAGGUGAAGGUAUUGUCCAGUCUGCAGCACGUCAAUAUAGUGGGCUAUCACACUGCCUGGAUGGAGCAUGUGCAGCCAGCAGCGAAAGGUACAAAAUCCAUCGCUUCCAAAUUCCCGGCUCUGGAAACUCACUCAUUAAGAGAUGGCAGUGCAGAGGAAAGUGAAGCGAGCAGCAUUGGCUCCUCCAUCGUGUUCAGGAGCUCUGAGAGUGUGGAGGAAAAGCCAGAAGAUGUAAAGGCCUCAGCGUGUGCCCUGGAGGAAGGCUCGUUCUCCUCAGACCAGCAGAGCCCGGCGGUGUGUCCUAAGGCUGUGUGCAGCGAAGUGAACUACGUCCCCUGCGUGUUCCUGGGGAAGCAGCGCCCAGUGGCCGCCGGCUGCCCCGCCGCCAGCAGAGACGGCUCGGCUCUGACAGAGGACGAUCUCAGCAGAAACAAGCUGGAGAUCAAUAACAACUCUUACAUAGACAUGGACAGCCAGCUGUGGGAGGAGCAGUGCACCCAGGAGGUGCAGUUCUGCCUCCUGCUGUACAUCCAGAUGCAGCUGUGUGAGCGCUCGCUGAGGGACUGGAUCCUGGAGAGGAACACCAGGCCCAAAGAGGACCCCACAGACCCGGAUCCUUACGCAUGUGUGAAUAUGGAACAUACGUUCAGCAUUCUUCGGACAAUACUUGAAGGGGUGAAAUAUAUUCACUCAAAGGGAAUACUGCACAGAGACCUUAAGCCAAGAAAUAUUUUCCUUCAUGGACUUGACUGUCAUGUGAAGAUUGGAGACUUUGGCCUUGCCUGUAGGGAUAUAAUUGUGGAUGACCAUAUGCAGCUACCCACCAGCUCACACACUAGUGGCUCCUCACACACCACUGGGGUUGGAACAUUUGUCUAUGCUUCUCCUGAACAACUGGAAGGCUCUCAUUAUGACUCAAAGUCGGACAUGUACAGUGUUGGCAUGGUUGCACUGGAGCUCUUCCAGCCGUUUGGGACUGAGAUGGAGCGUGUGCAGAGACUAGGGGAACUGCGGCAGGGGAAGGUCCCAGAAACCUUGUCUGAGCGCUGGCCAGUACUGGCCAAGUCCAUCUGCCUCCUGACGAGCCCAGACCCCUCUCUCCGGCCCAGUGCGGCCCAGCUACUGCAGUCUGAACUCUUCAGCAGCACAGACAUGGUUAUCUGCGGAUUACAGCGGAAGGUUCUGGAGCAGGAACAGGAGAUUGUUCAGCUGAAAAGACAAAUCAGUGAAAUGCAGAGCUCACAAAAUGCAAUGCAACAGACGGACCUGACUUGACACACAAUGGAAGCUGCUUCGAUCAGGCUUAAAUUUAUGUGUAAAAUAUGUGAAUAAUGUAUUACAAAUUGCAGUUUUAUGAGAAUCACAUUCUCUACAUUUCACUGUGCCAUUACUAAAAACGUUACUGUAAAAUGAA